CCACACAAACCAUCGGCUGCAGUCAGUUGUUCGUUCGGUCCUUUCCUUCUUGUAUGGCAGGGAUAGAACCAUGCCGUAUAUCAAGAAAACUUCCCAUAAUGUUUGCAAAGGCAGUGGUCGCUGUGCGAAACUCUGCUUUUUGCCCCUGAUUAUCCUCUUUGGCUGUACCGCUCUAGUAUUCGACCUGGCCAAUUUGGGUCGUGGCGUCAAAGUCCAACAAGAGCAAGAAAUGCAACACAAAUUGGCUGGACUCAAUUGUGAUGCCUAUGGGGGUCCCUCUGAAGAGGUCGCUCAAGAACUGGUGUAUUGGGAAGAUAUACCCUCCGAUGCUACCUACGUGUCUCCCUUCAAAAAACGGAAUGAGGGACCCAAACAGUACCUCACCUUUGAACCGGAUGGAGGGGGUUGGAACAAUGUCAGGAUGAACAUGGAAACUGUCCUAGCCAUGGCGUAUGCAAUGGGACGGACACUGGUGUUGCCACCAGAACAAGAGUUUUAUCUACUUGGGGCACGCAAGGGAAAGAAUGGAGAUUCCCAACAACGGCAAUUCUCCUUCAAUGACUUUUUUCACAUGGAAUCCAUUCGCAAUGAACAUCCUGGUCUAGACAUUAUCACCAUGAAGGAAUUCCUGGAACAAGAAGCCAUGGCAGGAAAUCUACGCAAUCAACAAAAUGGUAGUGUUGUCUUUCCACCACAAAAUCAAACGGACUGGAAUGGCGUCGGACGAAGACCACGAGGACCACUCUGGGAAUUCCUCCGCUCCACAACCGGACACGUGGCCAUUUGGAAACCAGAAGAAUGUAUGGCUGCAUUUCCCACCAGUCCUGAUCCGCAGGCAACGCAAAGACUGUGGGACAUCAAACAGCAAGUGGAACAAGAACAUGAAGGGAGUUUUCCCAUGCCUAGCGCCUACAUUGGCAAACCAGUCCCCGUCAAUGCCAGUGCUAAAGAACGCAUGAUGGAGAAUUGGUCGCGACGGAAAACACUGUGUCUAUACGACAAUACACUCCAAAACACACAAUUCAUUCAUUUUCCAUCCGAUUACCGAUUGGGAGCACGGUUGUUGGUGCAUUUUUAUGCCUUUUUAUUCUUUGAAGAUUGGCAGCAAGACUUGCAUAUGAAACGAUUCGUGCGGGAUCAUGUCCGGUACGUCGAUCGGAUACAAUGUGCUGCGGCACGAGUGAUAGAGGCGCUACGAGAACGAGCCCGCAACAAUCCCGCUGUGGCAGGCCAAAACCCCAAGGGGGAAUACGAUGCCUUUCAUAUCCGUCGUGGCGAUUUUCAAUACAAAGUGACCCGAGUGGAUGCUCGUCAAAUCUACGAAGUGAGCAAGAGCAAAUUGCAAGAAGGACAAACAAUUUACAUUGCGACUGAAGAACGCGACAAAAAGGGUUUCUUCCAACCUCUCCGAGAAAAGUAUGACAUUGUCUUUCUGGAUGACUUUCGUGAUGUCCUUGGCGAUGAUUUCAACACCAAUUUUGAUGGAAUGGUGGAUCAGUUGGUUGCAUCCCGGAGUCGAACCUUUUUUGGUUGUUGGUUCUCAGCGUUUACGGCAUACAUCAAUCGACUGCGAGGUUAUCAUUCCACGCAUGAAAGGGCCCCGGGAUAUGAAGAGGGCAUUCACAAUAGUUGGUACUACGCCCCCGAAGACCGAUACGAUCAAAUGCAGACCUACUAUCCCAUCCUUAACUACAAUCCUGGGCAUGCUUAUAUUGAACGGGAAUUUCCCACCUCGUGGAGGCUUAUUGACACGGGAAUUGGGGAUUUGCCGGCGCAGGUAGAGUAGUGUCAAAAGCAAUGGGAAGAAGAUUGCAGUGGGCAUCAAUAAUAACAACAGCUAAUGAACCGCAUUCCACCCUUCG